AUGCAGCUCUCUACCCUCACUGUCCUGAUCGCGGCCACCCUCGCUCUGGCCAACCCAACCCCUCCCCCCAAGUGCGGUACUUGCAACCCGGUGUCCGGCCAAAACAGCUGUGACAUUACCACCUCGUGUAUCAACACGGGCUCGACCUUCCACUGCGCCUGCCGUGCCGGUUACAAGGCCUCCCAGCACAAUAACGAUAUCAAGUCGCAGUUCCGCCUCAAUAUGCCCAACUACGAGUUCCUGGUUUUCGUUCCUGAGAACACCGUUUGCAACACUCUAUGUGACAACCCGUGGGCUGCUCCUGCCGAUCUUUGCAAAGAAGUGCAGAAACAUAAUGAAUGCGCCGUUUAA